UGCUGCUAGCCACACCCAUGUGAACAGCCUGGUGGCCAUCCUCUGUCUGAAAGUGUCACAGUUUGACAGUGUGGUGUGAGUGUGUAGGCACCAUGAUGAGGAAGACAGAUCCAGUGGAGACAAAGAUUGACCUGGGAGACACUGAUGAUGAAGACCUUGAUGCAGACCUGUAUGAGGACCAUGAGGAGCCUCAGCUGCUAUGGAAGGCUGAACUGGGGGACAGGAUGGAUGAGGAGGAACCUGUGUCCCCGUUAGUGGAUCUUAGUGACACCAAGCCCCUCCUGAAUGAGAGAGACCCUCGAGGAGUCAACGAGUGUUUGAAGGUGAGCUUUGAGGAUGUGAUAGCAGAGCCGGCAUCAGUACGUAGUGGAGACAGAGUGUGGAUCUGGAGCAACGCCCUGUUCGAGGUCACCAGGGUCUGGAUCUACCGCAUAGUGACCGUCCUGCUGGCCGUCCCUGUGUCCAUCAUCACCGGACUGAUCUUCGCCAUCCUCAGCUUCCUACACAUAUGUGGUUACAGUUUGACAGGACAACUAGGGGCAGCUGCCUGCUGGGUGCUGCUGGCAUUCCAUGAGUGACAUCACAUUGAGGGGAAAUCCAGAAGCCUGGGUACAGCCACUCCCUGUCCCACUCCCCACACUGCUUCUUUGACCACUACAGCUACCACUGCCCAGAUCCAGGAUAACUGCCAGCCCUACUGAGACCGCUCUUCUCGGACCCCUCUACUCUGCCUCGUACCUCUCUGCCCC